AUGUCCCCAAAACUGAAAGACGACGAAGAGCAAUCAUUGCUGGCGACAACGAACGAUGGCCACCACUAUGGCUCUUCUGCUGCUGCCACCACCAACAACGAUACUAACGAUACAGAUGAUGCAAUAGUAAUAUUAUCACUGACCAUGGACGAUGCCAUGGAUCGAUUGGGUUUUGGAACGUUUCAAUACCGCCUCGUGUGGGCAGCCGGUCUGUGCGUCAUGGCCGAUGGAUUGGAAAUUCUAUUGCUGAGUGUCUUGACGGUGGUCUUACGCGCAGAAUGGAAUUUGUUGGAAUGGCAAGCAUCGCUGCUCAUGUCGUCCGUCUUUUGUGGGGCCCUUCUGGGAUCGCUUGUCUUGGGACAAUUGGCCGAUCACUACGGCCGCAAACCCAUUUUUAUAUUGACGGCAGCCAUUAUUGCCCUUUUGGGUGUCUUGACCGGAUUUGCCACGACGUUCCACUGGCUCAUAUUGUGUCGCUGGGGAGUGGGAUUUGGAGUCGGUGGCGGCACGGUGCCCUUUGAUACACUGAUUGAAUUCUUGCCACGCAGUCAACGAGGACAUCACAUGCUCUACAUUUGGUUCUUUUGGACCAUUGGAACCAUGCUGGUGGUUGUACUCGCCUACUUUACCGUGGGAGAAUCAUCAUCUAGCAAUCAUGAAAAUGAAGAAGCGACAUUUUAUUGGGAAGGAUGGAGACUCUUUGUCAUUGCCUGUGCCAUUCCUUGCAUAUCUUCCAUGGUGCUGGGCAUUCUGUGGGUACCAGAGUCACCACGGUGGCUACUCACGACCCAGAAUGAUCCGGAACAAGCAUUGGCCGUACUUCGUGGCGCCGCCGUUGUGAAUGGCAAAGAUCCCAAUCUACUAUUUCCCCUUGGCAGGACCAAACUGCUGGCCGAGGAAUAUCACAAUACGGACCACAACUCCACCAACAACAAACUCUCCCAACGAGCACCCGAAGAAGCCCAUUUUUGGGACUUGUUUCGACCCAAAUGGUUGCGGACCACACUCUACUUGUUUGGAACCUGGGUGGGAUUUGCCUUUUUGUACUAUGGUGGGGUCAUUGUCACCACACUGGUAUUUGCCUCUAGUACUGCCAGUAGCAACAACAAUACGCAAGAAGACAACGCCGGUACCUAUCACUUUGAGUAUGGGGCCCUCUUUGUGGCCAAUGCCGCCGAAAUUGUGGCCACCAUCUUUAUGAUACACACGGUCGAAAAACUGGGCCGGAUUCCUAUACAAACGUAUGGCUUUUUGAGUGGUGGAAUCAUGGUGGUCCUCUUGUGUGGCUUGACAUCCUUACAUCGACAACAGCAACAAGCAGAACAAGGAGAGUAUGCUACCUACACAUAUCUGGCCAUGGUGGUGCUGGCAUUUGGAGUGCGCAUGGCCAACAUGGCGGCCAGUUGUACUACCUGGGUGUCCACGGCGGAAAUAUUUACCACCGAUAUUCGAUCCACGGGACACAGUGCCGCCAAUGCCGUGGCUCGUUUGGGAGGAUUCUUGGUGCCGUAUGUCGUGUCGGCCGAAGCGCCCUUGACGUUUAUUGGAGCAUCCAUGAUGUGUGUGGCGGUGGGAACGGCCUUUUGUGCGUCCCGAUUGCCCGAAACCAAAGGAAAAGAAUUGGGAGUGAUUGAUUAG